GGUAACCAACGUCACAAACGGGUUAAAUUUUUGUAAAGUAUAGGGUUAUAAUAAUAAAAAAGGUUGUCAGUACUGGCAAAUACUGUCAAGUCGAGAAUAACUUCAACGUAUUGUAUCUGUUUGACAGAAGAGAGGGGAAUGUGUUAUUCUCCGCGAAUGCGAACGGUUUGUGUUAAUAGUGUGUCUAAAUGAUCGUGCCGUUUGAUGGGAAAUAGUGAACGGAAAAAUUUCAAGAUUGCAGUUCGUCGGACGAUACUGCGCUUGAAAAUAACCGGUAACGGAUAGUACAAAAUGAAGCCUUUAAUCGAAUUCGAGGAAUGUUUACGAGACACGCCAAAAUUUCGAUCCUGUAUCGAGGAGGCAGAGGCAAACGUUGAUCUACUCGAACAAAAGUUAGACAAGGUGUUAAAAAACUGUAGCCAAAUGAUUGACACUGGAAAGCUUUUUCUAGGACAGCAAAGCCAAUUUGCUAAUAGUCUUUGGGAGUUAUCUCUGUACUUCAACGAUGAUUCAGAGAUAAUGGCAUUACUGAACAAGUUAAUCCAUGCUUUAAAGGAAAUGAAUAAGUUUCAUACUAUUUUAUUAGAUCAAGCAUCUAGAACUGUAAUUAAAGAUCUUAAUUCCUUCAUUAAAAGUGAUAUUAGGAGGGUGAAAGAAUCUCGUCACUACUUUGAAAAGAUUUCUGCAGAUUUAGACAUAGCAUUGAAUAGAAAUUCUCAAGUUCCAAAAUCUAGACCUACAGAAUAUGAAGAAACAUCUAAUAUCCUGUCAGCCACACGAUCUUGUUUCCGACACACUGCAUUGGACUACAUUCAUUCAUUAACAAUGAUACAGGCACGAAAACGGCAUGAAAUUUUGGGUACUCUACUUAAUUACAUGAAUGCAUGUAUUACUUAUUAUCAUCAAGGCAGUGAUCUUGCGCAAGAUUUGGAUCCAUUUUUAAAGGAUCUUGGAGAGAAUUUAAUUAAAAUGAGAACUGACUCCAUUAAGCUUGAGAAGGAAAUGGAAAAUAGGCAUAUUUAUGUUACAAAUAGAGACCUAAUACCUUCUCCGGUACCUGGCAAUCCUAGAAUGGAAGGGUAUCUUUUUAAACGCACCAGUAAUGCGUUUAAAACAUGGAAUAGAAGGUGGUUCUGUUUAAGGGAUCACCAAUUAGUAUACAGAAAAAGAACUGGCGACAGUGAUUUUACAAUUAUGGAAGAAGAUCUUCGUCUUUGCACUGUAAAACCAGUGGUUGACUGUGAUAGAAGGAAUUGUUUUGAAGUAUUAAGUCCUACCAAAAGUCACAUAUUACAAGCUGAUAGCGAAGAAGCAUACUUAGCAUGGGUAACUGCCAUGCAGCAAGCAAUCGGUGCUGCCAUUCAAAGAGGCAUGGGUGCUGGUACCAUAAUUAGUAUACGAGAUUCACAAUCACAGCAUGUCAGAGGGUCAAGCAGACCUAACUCAAAACCUAAAUCAAGAGUCUGGGAACAAAUUUUGAAGAUCCCUGGAAAUGAUUCGUGUUGUGAUUGUGGUGGUGCUAAUCCAAGAUGGGCCAGUAUCAAUCUUGGAAUCACACUUUGCAUAGAAUGCUCUGGAGUGCACAGAAGCUUAGGUGUUCACUAUAGCAAAGUGCGAUCUCUAACAUUAGACGACUGGGAGCCAGAGAUAUUAAAAGUAAUGGCUGAGCUUGGAAAUACUGUGGUUAAUAACGUCUACGAGGCUCUGCCAAUUCCUUCAAAUAUUAUUAGAGCUACACCAAAAUGCAAUGGUAACAUACGCGAAGCCUGGAUAAGAGCAAAGUAUGUGGACCGCAAAUUCGUGAAACCCUUAAGUAACAUAAUUUCUAGCGGGCAACACGCGAGUCGUGACAAAAUGCACUUUCGCAAGUGGAGUGUGCGCAAAUUACGUCGUCGACCACGAAGUUGCGACAAAAUUGAUAGUAUUAAUCGUAACAAAACAACGACACUAUCUUCCGUGAAAGAAGGUCAUCAUUCGACGAGUUCGGAUGACAGUAAGCAUACGUCAAUUGAAAGUUUAAGUUCCGUUGAUAAGGCGAAGAAAACAGAAAGAAGUUCCUUAAGCUCGGAUGAUAGUACAAACAUAGAUCUGAAGAAUGACUCGACCCUGUACGGGAAGAUAUUGGUACGGCCUCCAAUGGAAUUGAACAAAAGCAACUCCGAUUCUAAAAUUUCCGACAGCAAUACAGAAUCAAAUAUGGAGAACGAGCAUAAGCUUCAGAUUCCUGAGGUGCAAGACAAUACAAUAGCCACGAGCGACUCGGAUAAUAACUUGUCGAUGAAAAGCGAAGUGUCCUUAAGCACAGAGAUAUCCGAUACGAAGGAUACGUCGGAGAACAAAGACGUUGGAACGGAGAAACAGUGUACAGAAAAGAUGGAGUUCGACGUGCUGAUGUUCGGAUGCGAUUUACCAAAGCCAACGAUCGAUAAUAGCUUAGAAUUAAGUUCAGAUCAGGACUCGACUGCCGGUGAAGAUGAGGAGUUCACGGACGAAGAAGACAUAGAGAACUUGCAUCCUGAGAUGCUACUUUAUAAAGCCGCUGCGGCGCAUAAUCUUCCUGUCAUGUGUGCAGCUUUAGCGGCAGGUGCUGACAAAUCGUGGACGAAUGUUAAUGAUAGAGGUCGUAAUGCGCUGCAUCAAGCGAUUAUAAGCGGUUCUGUAAUGUCUUGCGAAUAUCUUAUUCUGAACGGGGCACGUAUAAACUGUCAGGAUGCCGAUGGAAAAACGCCAUUGUAUUUGGCUACGGAACUAGGCCAUACUGCCCAAGUAUGUUUACUUUUAAAACAUCGCGCCGACCAACACAUUCAGGAUGAAAGUGGUGUUAAACCUUUGUCGAUAGCCGUGAAGGAAGCUAAUGCAGAUAUUGUUACAUUAUUGCGUCUAGGUCUCUUAAACGAAGAAAUGAAGGAUUCAGAGAUUGGAAUUAGCGGUGAUGAGACAUUCAACGACGUAGUCCGCGAUUUUAGCCAGUUAGCUUGCUCUCAUCCAGAGCGGUUGCAACGAAGAAAUGAAAGUAACCACGCGUCGCAACCGCCUGAAUGAGGUUUAAGGGCAUGCAAGAUUUAUUUGCAAAAUCUCAGAAGCAGGCUACAACAUCGAGAGAAGAUGAGGAAUGGUACAUCGAAAAUGUCGUCUUUCAGUUCCUUGCAGGGUAAUAGAGUUGAUUACGAAUAACUGGGUAAGUAUACAAAGGAUAAAGAGAAAGCUUUAUGAUCGAACAGAGAGACAAAUGUUAUUAUGAAAGUUGCAUCUUUCUACGCUUUGAUCUCUGCGCGAAGUUUAUUGAAAUUUUAUUAGCGUUUUGUAUUUCUACUUAAAAAUGAAAAUGCUAAGGAAUUUUCGUGUGUUUUGCUAAACUGAAAAGUCAUUAUAUUUUGCUUACUCGAAAUUACGCUCUGGUUUUCCUCUUGACAUUUACAAAAGACGAGAUAUUAAAAAAAGAAAACUGUCUUCGAACACUUUACUCGUGUGCUUUAUACACUCGCAUAUUGCAUACUGUAAACGUAACUUGGAAUUUUUAAGCCGUUUUGCGAACACGCAUAGCAAAGUAUAAAUUUAUAUUACCAGAUAUUUGUAUAUCGUUUAUGUGAUAUUGCAAACGUGACAAAGUAGUUUUUAACUCUGUUGUAUCGAGAAAGGUUUUACCAAUAGCCGACACGUUUUCGACAUACAUAACAUGGUCUAGCAAGAUGUCUUCGAAGCAACAAUUUUAUACAUGUAUCUGUUUUUAUAUAUUUAAUAUUACCAGUAGUGUAUAUACAACUGGCACUAAGAUAACUCUUUUUUUCCGUUAGUUAACUGUAGUAAUCUGAUGCUAUGUAAUUAGUAUCGAACCGAUCGAAUUAGAACGUUAUAGAUACGUACAUAUAAUUAUGUAGUUUGUCUAGAAAAGUUACACGUACGAAUAGCUAUAAACUACACCAGUUUAAAUUAAUAGAAAAAAACCUAAAAAAAUAUGAUUCAGUGUAGUUCAGUAUAACGUAUACCGAUUGAUAUGAUUCGUGUAACGAAUUUGUUGCCAAAAAUUGAAACCGUUUGUACCUAAAGCAUAUACGUAUAUCAGAAUACUAUUCGAUGUUGAUUCUUGAAUGAAUUUUAUUUCCGAGAAUCGUUUAGAAUUUAUAAUACAUAAUACAGUGAUCUUUGUGUAUGUAGAAUUCUGUUAGACAUUCAAUUUGAUAACUUUCUUCGCUGUACUGCAUUUAUGGACAAUCUUUCUUUCCGUGAUUUAUACAACGAAUAACACUGGUGUACUGAGCAUGCUUGUAUUCUUUAAGGAAAAUAGACAUCUAGGGGAAAGGAAUGUUAACACUCGCCAAUAUUUGAGAAUUAUACCUAGCUUUCUUGAAAUAUUUUCGUAUAAGCAAUAAAAACUUCACUAGUUCACUUUUAUAGAUGAGUGGUUUGUACUUCACGUCGCCAUUUUCCCUAGAGAAGACUCCCAUGCUUGAUACUGUACACUCGGGUGCAUUUACUUCAGGCAAGAAAGACUAGGAGGAGGAGUUGAAUCAGAUUGCUUCUAAAUUUUCUUUAGAAUAUUGACAAAUUGAAAGUUUGAAAUUUCGGAACUUUGGAACUUCGAAAAUAUACAAACUUAACAAUUUGGGAUUCAAAUAUUUGGGAACGUAGAAUUUCAGAACUUGGAGUAUAAAAACUUCCACAGUUUGGAAAUGCGGGAAUUUAGAAGUUUGGACAUUUGCAAAAUUUAUCUAGCUGAAAAUUUGGAAAUUUGAAAACUUGACUUAAAAUUGAAGGAGAUUGAAUACUCCUCCUCUAACUUAUUCUUAGCCGGAAGAACUAUGUUGCACCCGACUAUACCCGUGAAUAUGCUUCCUUUCGCGAACACUUUAGUACGAUAACUGCGUUAAACAGUAUUUAUGAAAUAAUAUAGCAUAAUGCAUGAUUCGUUUUUUAGCCUACUCGAGAAACGACGUAUUAAUCAUUGUUACGAAUAUUUUUCAUUGUUUAUGUGGUAGGAUGGCUUUACCGAUAGUUACGAUUUAAGGUACAAAAUUCUCUGUGAACUUCGUUUCAACGAGAUUUUUACGAGAAACCGAUUAAGGGUAUGAUUUUCGAAUUGAUAUAUAUUUUUUUAUUCGAUGUACAUGCCAUAGUUUGUCGUUCGAAUCUGGUAUUCGAUUCUUUUUUUAAGAAUUUUCUUUUAAUUAAGCAACAUGACGAUGACGUAAGCAUAACUAUUAUAAUAAUUAGAUACUCAUUGUUGCGUAAGUUGAUUAAUGACAAAACUCGUCUUCGAUUAACUUUUAAAUGGUAUGUUACUUUCCUUUAUACUCGAACACUUUAUACGAUGUAAAGUAUCUUUAGAAUUAUCUUGUUAUUUCCGAAAUUUCUUUAUUAAUCAGUUUUCUUCUUCCUCGCGAGAAUACUUGAAAUUUUCAAUCAAGAUAUCGAUGUCUAGUACUUGUAUUUUGUACUUAUAUUUUUUUACAUAUGUUUUAUAUAGUACGUAUAAUUAAAAAAAGCAAAAUCUAUCAAAUUGAAAUCAAGGAAAUACACGCACGUCUUCCACAACGCAAAUAUUCGCUUUUGUAAGAAUCAAAAAAUUCGUUUAUAUACAAUAUGAUUUUUUCAAUUGUAUAAUACAAUAUUCUCUACGUUGUUACGUUUUGUCGGUUUGUUUAAAAAUAUUGCCAGUUACUGCCUAACUGUGAAAUGUUGUUAACAAGAAUUCAGUAUACAUAUGUAUGUCUAUAAACGAGUUGAACAAAUAGAAUCGUUUCACUGUUACGCGCGAUUGCAACAAAAAUUGUAAACAAACUAAUUAAUGUAUCAUACUGUACACAAAGUUUACGUCAUAAAACAGCGAUUAUGCAAAUA